CGGCCGAGCCAUGGCUGUGUCCGCAACAGCUCCGCUGCCCUGCCCGCUCCUCCUCGCCGUCUGCUGGGUGGUGGCCGCGGGGAUGGCGGCAGGAUCAAAAAUUCUUCCGUCUCCAUCCAACUUGAACUAUUCAUUUAUCCAUAUCUGUACUCUGAACUGGACAUGGAACCCCCCAGAGGACAUCAGCAGUAGCUGCAACCUGGAGUAUUCCAGUGACAUCGUCAUUAAUGGGAUUCCCGAGGACAGAAGAGAAUGGAGUAAGAGCCGCUUCCGUGUGACGGAUGCACACUUGAAUGAGGAAAUGCGCCUCAGAGUGAGAAGUGAAUGCAAGAAUGACAACACCAGUGAGCCCAGCCCCUGGGUGGAGACCUCCCUUCUGCCAAAAGGUAUUCCGGGUACUGCUGCUGUUGACUUGGGCUGUGUUUGGCACAAUUUGGAGUACAUGGCUUGUACCUGGCGUCGUGGGGAGAACGCAAGCAGUGACACCAACUACACUUUGUUCUACUGGUUUGAUGGCUUGGAAAACCCUAAGAAGUGUAGCAACUCCUCUGUAGACCAAGGAAUCUUUGAAUGCAUUUUCAAUCUUACCUUCCCAAAAGUCACCAGUACUUAUCCUACAAUAAGUAUUUUGAUUAGAGAUGAUUCUGAAGAAGUUAGGCCUGUGUGUGCAAGUAAAAAUCCUACUACCCUUGUAAAACCUGCCACACCAAGACAAUUGACAUUGACAAAGACUAAUGAUAGAAUUGAUGUAAAAUGGAGUGAAUCAGAAACUUUUCCAAAAAGUUGUUUACACUAUGAAGUUAAAUGUUGCAAUGGUGAUUGCAACAUGGACAUUGGUCAGAUCAUUGCAUCUGAAAUGAAUUCUGUCUCAAUUGCUGGCAUUGAUGCUAACAGCAAGUACACCUUCAAAGUGAGAGCAAAACCAAAGCGGGAGUGUUACAACAGCGAUCUCCAAAGUGACUGGAGUGAGGAAAAGAGCAUCGGUGAGAAGAAGGACUCUACAAUCUAUUUUGUUCUAAUAAUUAUCAUUCCAUUAACAGUAGCAGUAUCUACAGUAAUUCUACUAGUUUAUCUAAAAAGGCUGAAGAUAUUAAUUCUUCCACCAAUUCCGGACCCUAGAGAAAUUCUUAAGCGAAUGUUUGGAGAGCAGAAUGAGGAUUCCCAGAGCUCUGCAAAGGAUGAUCCCAUGAAUGCUUUUGACAGGGUAAUUAUAGAAGAAGAAAUUCAUUCUUUAAUUUUAACAGAAACUUCAGAGAGCGCUAAUCCUGAAAAAGAAAGCAGGUAGACUCUGCUUUAUCAGUGAAAGAGGAGGAAGCUGAUUCCUGCUCCUGUACCUCAGGUGACUGUAGAUGUGAAGAGGCCUGUGAGGCACUGGCCAGCUCUGACCUCACUGGCUCCUUCUCUGGUGCACAGAAGAUGCAUCACUAACAGUGGCUGUUCUUCCAUCUCUGCCAGAAAUGCUCAUCUGAGCUCAGUCAAGAUGAGCACAUAUGUAAUUCCAUGUGACUGCAUUGUGGGUUCCCUGUCCUGGCUUCAGCCAGCUCUGCCCGUUACUUGCCACUUGCACUUGUGUUUGUGCCUCACACCAGACUGUCAGGGUUUGUUAUUUUUGGAGCAAGCACUGUGGCUUCUCUGAAGUAUUUGGCUCUGUUUGCAGUAGGUAGGAUGGGUCACGAGUGCUACCACGUGGAGCUGCUGCCAGGUGGGAUGGCAGGGCAUGGACUGCUUGUGGAUAACCCUUUGUGUGCCUGGCCUGGGCACUCUCUGGAGGGCACUUACGGACUGAGCUUCUUGUGCUUCUGCCCAUCAGCUGGGGCUUGGUCAAAGCCCACCAAAGAGGGUAUUUUUUUUAUUUGAAAAUGUGUAUGAAAAGCCUCUGCUUUCCAGCUGGUGUUCAGAAUAUUCAUAAAAAAGGCUUAGUUUUGUUACCCUGUCAAUUGCUUGUCAUCAGAUGCCUUGCCUUCAAGGACUUCUUGGGUUAAUUAUACUUUGUUUAAAAUGAGAAAUAGAUUUUUUUUUUACUUGUUCAGUGCAGUAGCAGAUAACUGUAUUGAGUCUCACCAGACUGUGAUUCUACUUUGGCCAUAUUGGCUGAAGACACCUGAUUUUUAGCAGCUAAGUUGUCCUGAGCCUGUCCAGCAAAAAUAUCAGGAUGGAUGCAUGAGUCUAAGGAGCUGUGGUCAAACUGAUUAGCAAAUACUAAACCACUGAAGCCCAACUAAUUCAAAGGCUUCAAGACUCAUCCUUUCUGCCAAACUGAUGGAUCUGGGGAAGAGGGAAAGUUUUAUUCUUUCUAUGGUGAUGAGACUCUGAUUUGAGCUUCCCGUCUAGGACUUAGCAAUGUAAAACAAGGUGCUGAUUUGACUUUUAAAAAAAGAUUUCUUCUAUAUUUUACUGUAACAGUUUGACAGGUGUUUUUGUUGUUGUUUUGUUCAUUCUUUGAUGGUUUUGUUUUGAGAGUUCUUUACCCAGCAAAGCUCAGCAGGUGUUUUCUGGACAACUGUGACAUUUUUCUGCUCUGCAUUCUCAGCAUUAGUUUCUGCCCUGUGCUGCAAGGGUGGUUAUAGAGGUACUUUGAUUGUGCUGGAGGAAGAAGAUAAUGGAAUGGAGAGAAUGGAUCCAUAGAAGCCCUUUAUGGUUAGUGCUCAGGGAUGUCUGCUCCUUCCAGAGAGGUGUAGACAUGUGAGUCAUGGACAUAGGCACUUGAAGAGAUCUCCUGAUAGGCUUUCUAGGAGCAGACUUUAUAGCUACUAACCUUUAAAAGUUCAUCCCUGUCUUCAAACUCCAUUCAGUCAAAAAAGUGAAAAUAAAUGCUGUAUUUUUAGAACAUAUUUUUCUGCAAGAAGUAGAAUGAGUGCCACAUGCUUUUUAGCUAAAAAUGUUUAUAUUUUAUGCACUUAUGUAUUCCCCCUUUAUCAAUACAUCCAAUUCUUUCCCCAUUUUCCACUGAGCCUCUCAAAACCAGCUUUUUCCACGUCUCUUAUCCUCCUUUUGAUAGUGGUAGAAAGGGGAGGAGAAAUGUAGCAGAACUAGCAGACCCCCUGUUAGCCUAUGCCUUUUACCUCCAGGCUAAAAAAACCCCAACAUUAUAAAAAUUAAUAAGUGAGACAAAAUAAAAAUAAAGCCUCAGGGAUUUCAGUGAGAAACUCAGGUUAUACAAAGUCAGCCAGUAGCACUCUCUGAAAUUCCAGAGAUAAAGGAAUAGCAUGAGGAAAAGAGUAAUUACAUUCUUUGCUGAAUUCAUUCCCUUUGCAACAUUGAUGUCAUUAUAAUGAUAAAUAUUCCUUCAAUCUACCUCAUCUGGAAUGUUGCUCAACAUAGACCAUUAGACAGAAAUGUAUAGUUUCAAAAUAGGUAAGCAUAACAGUGUAAUAAAAAGUUUUGUAGCUUUCAGCAUAGCAAUCUAGGAAAAUCAGUACUUACCCCUAAAUUCUUUUGACUUUUAUGCUGGUGUCUAUGACAAAACCAAAAUUUAUUUGCUUUAAAACAAAAAAAAAAAAAACAAACCAACAAAAAACCCCAAACAAAUUCAUAAAGCCAUAGGAGUGAAAAAAAUGGAUGGAAGGUGUUAGGCCAAAAGAAAUAUUUAAAUGCUAAGGAUGGUUUAAGUUACUAUAUAGAAAGGUUUUGAAUAACACUAGUUGACACUUCCUCAUGGAUUGAUUUAUUGAGCCUGUGUUUCAGCAUGUAAAGCAAGUAUCUGAAUAUACUUUUCACCUUUAACAUGGUUUUUUUGAGGGAAGAGGUUUUUUAGCUUGAGAUUAUCCAAAUUUUGCUAUAAUUUAUUUUUUUUUCUUCAUUGCAGUUACUUGAUCUGUAAAUUUGUUCAAAGACUGAAUAAAUAUGAUUGAAUGCU